UCUCUGAUUCAUAACUGACUCUGUGAUCAACAUCUGGAUCUGCUUUUAGAUGAAACCAUGGCCUCCAGAAUGAAUCUCUCUGAAGAACAUGACACACAGAUAAAGACAGUCAAGAGUCAGAUUCAGGGGCGUGAGUCAGAUUUAUCUGAACACAUGGAUGUGUCUGUGAGGAAAAAACGACGGAUGGAUGUUUCAGAUCUCUGCAGAGAGGAAGACUCUUCUGUUGAGUCCAGUCUGUGUCAGAAUGAAUCUCCUGAACCCAGCUGUGUGUCCAUCAAGAGUGACCAGUCAAUGGGUCCUCCAAUUAAAUUCAGCUCGGGAGACACAUCUGCUGAUCUGAGUCAAAAACAUAAAGGAACGGAAUCACAAACAGCAAAGAAGAACUUAGACUCCAUUUUCAAGGAGAUUGAGCACAAAAUCAUCUCUGAGUUAAAAAGCUUUAAGAGACUACUGAGUCCAGAUUACCCAGAAUGCUCUGAAAGAGACCGUUAUGAUGAUGAGGGUCAUAACAGAGUCAGAGAGGGUCUUCUGAAGAUCACACUGCUCCUCCUGAGGAAGAUGAACCAGACAGACCUCGCUGACACACUACAGACCAAACUGAUGCCUGAUCAACAAAAACUCAGAUCCAGACUACAGGAUAAAUAUGAGAGACUCAGUGAAGGACUGUCCAAUCAUGGAGACUCAACACGUCUGAAUGAGAUCUACACAGAGCUCUACAUCACAGAGGGAGGCAGUGGAGAGGUCAAUAAUGAACAUGAGGUGAGACAGACUGAGACAGUGUCCAGGAGACCAGAGACACAGGAGACACCAAUCAACUGCAAUGACAUAUUUAAACCCUCACCUGGACAAGACAAACCCAUCAGAACUGUGCUGACUAAAGGAGUCGCUGGAAUUGGAAAAACAGUCUCUGUGCAGAAGUUCAUUCUGGACUGGACUGAAGGAAAAGCCAAUCAGGACGUUCAUUUCAUAUUUCCACUUCCUUUCAGGGAGCUGAACUUGAUACAGAAACAUCUCAGUCUUGUGGAUCUUCUAAACCACCUUCACACAGAAACCAAAGAAUUAAAGUCAGCAGAUUAUGAGGACUACAAAGUCAUGUUCAUAUUUGAUGGUCUGGAUGAGUGUCGACUGCGUCUAGAUUUCCAAAACAGUCGGAGCUUGUCUGAUGUGACAGAAUCAGCUUCAGUGGAUGUGCUGCUGACCAACCUCAUCAAGGGGAACCUACUUCCUUCUGCUCUCCUCUGGAUCACCUCUCGACCAGCAGCAGCCAAUCAGAUCCCUCCUGAGUGUGUCCACCAGGUCACAGAGGUACGAGGAUUCAACGACCCUCAGAAGGAGGAAUAUUUCAGGAAGAGAAUAAAUGAUCCGAGUCUGGCUGAUAGAAUCGUCACACACAUCCGAUCAUCAAGAAGUCUGUUCAUCAUGUGUCACAUCCCAGUCUUCUGCUGGAUUUCAGCCGCUGUUCUGGAGAGGAUGAUGGGUAAAGCAGAGAGUGCAGAGAUCCCCAAGACUCUCACACAGAUGUUCACACACUUCCUGAUCUUUCAGACCAAACUGAAGACACAGAAGUAUGAUGGGAAAUAUGAAAUCAAUCCUGAUCAGGCUAGAAAGAUUAUUCUGUCUCUAGGAAAACUGGCUUUUGAACAGCUGGAAAAAGGGAACCUGAUCUUCUACGAGGAGGACCUGAAAGAGAGCGGCAUUGAUGUCAGAGAAGUGUCGGUGUACUCAGGAGUUUGUACCCAGAUCUUCAGAGAGGAGUCUGGACUGCAGCUGGGGAAGGUGUUCAGCUUUGUUCAUCUGAGUAUUCAGGAGUUUCUUGCUGCUUUAUUCAAGCUGCUGUCCUUUUCUGAACAAAACACAGGACUGAAGAAUGAGUUCAGGUCAUCAAUGAUCAGUUUACUGAAGAGAGAAGUGGACAAGGCCUUACAGAGUGAGAACGGACACUGGGAUCUUUUCCUCCGGUUCCUUCUCGGUCUCUCUCUAGAGUCUAAUCAGACUCUCUUACAAGGCCUCCUGAGAAAGACAGUAAGCAGCUCUGAUAUCAACCAGGAAACAGCUGCAUACAUCAAACAGAAGAUCAGGGAGAAUCCCUCUCCAGAGAAAUCCAUCAAUCUGUUCCACUGUCUGAAUGAACUGAAUGAUCGUUCACUAGAGCAGGAAGUACAAACAUACCUGAACAAAAGAGAUGACUUUUGUCUCUCUGGAGUCUCUCUGUCUGCUGCUCAGUGGUCGGCUCUGGUGUUUGUGCUGUUGAACUCAGAAGAAGAUCUGGAUGAGUUUAUACUGAGGAAAUAUCAUUAUUCAGAAGAAUGUCUUCUGAGGCUGCUGCCAGUGAUCAAAGCAUCUAGAAAGAUUAAACGAAAACCCAUUAUGCCACGCACUUAUACAAGGAAGACCAACAGGGCUUCAACUGCUCUUGUGAAGUUGGACAGAGCAGUGAAAGAGAUGCAACAGGGAAAAACCAUAAGUCAGGUGGCAAGGGAGAUGAAUAUCUGCAGGAUGACCUUGAAAAGAUUCAGGGAGAAGAAAAAGGGUUGCCAUGAUUUUGCCAAGUAA